UAGAAACGGAAGUUAGGUUGAAAACCGGAAACAUCCGCGUUGUCUCGACUCCGCGUAGAGUGCUCUUUGACAGACGGAUGAUAGCUUCCUGAGCAAGUCCUACUUUGUUUAUGUCACGUAGCUAGCUAGCUUGCUUGCUAACUGACGGCAACAAAAGUGCUUUGUUUUCUUAUUAAGCGGAUUACUGCACUGAUACAUACAUUUCUGGCGUAGAAGGUGAAUCUAGAUUUACAUGACCCGGGGUUGUUUGGUACGAACGCCUCUGGUGCCGUUAGGAGAAUGAACUCCAUCACCGGUCGGGAUCACCCUGUACCCGCCUCCUCUGUCAACUCUGGAGCCUCAUCUUCUCGAGGCUUGCACGUAGAACUCACAUCUCAGCAGAGGCGGUUACGUCAUCUCAGAAGCAUCGCAGCCCGCAACAUCGUCAACAAGAAUGGCUCUCCACUGUUGGACACAUAUUUUACCCUUCAUCUCUGCUUAGAGGACUGGAUAUCCAGAGACUUUUACAAGAGUGAAGUCAUCCGAGAUUCAUUGAAUCCAACAUGGCGGAGCCUGGACUUUGGCAUGCUGCCAGACCUCCUUGACACAUCUGUGUCCUGCUUCGUGGUGAGGAUCUGGGGCGGUUGGGAGGAACAGUUCACACUCCUCAUAGAGUGGAAGGUCAACCUGGAUGGGCUCAGAUACACAGGGCAGCAGAUCCGCUCCAGGAAUCCAAAUGAAAUCAUAUUUGGAUUGAAUGAUGGCUACUAUGCAAGUGACUUUGAUCAUAAGGACCACUCUGAAAGGAAGAAGAACAGUUUACUCCUUGUGGACCAGAGUUCAGUGAGGAACUCCUACAGUGUCUUCUCUCUGCUGAGGCUCCACACAGCACAGAGAGCCAUCAAGCAGACCCAGGUGACGGUGCAGAAGAUCGGGAAGGAGAUUGAGGAGAAGCUGAGGACGACAGCGGCCUGCAACGAGCGGAAGAAGGAGCGGGAGUGUAUGCAGCUGCGUCUCGGGAUGCUACGAGGUGAGCUGGAGAGACAGAGGAAGGUGCUGGGCCGGGAGAUAGACCUGCGGCAGAAGGAGAGAGCACAGCUUCAGAAGAAAGGUAAGGGGUAUUUGGAGUUGACUGGCAUUUCCAAGCCACGAGAAAUUACAAUUUCAAAUUGCGUAUAGUGUGGGGACUGGGGUCCAUAUGGGAUUGUACUCCUGU